AUGGCGAGGGUAACCUUCAAGUUUGCCGCUUCAUUUUUGCCCAAAAAAGCUUGUGAUAUUCGAUCUAAGUUGGAGAAUUUGAGAGUUCUGAAUAUGGGAAGUUGUCAAUAUAUUACAAAUAUACCUAAUCUAUCUGGUCUUCAACAUUUGAAGGAAUUGGAUCUUCAAUCUUGUAAGAAUCUAAUUGAAAUUCAUCAUUCAGUUGGAAAUUUGGCAAAACUUCAAUACUUGAAUGUAGAGAAUUGUGGUCGGCUUAAGAUUUUUCCACGCUGCAUCAAGUUACCAUUCCUUGAAAUACUCCAUCUUAACAAUUGCUCUAGUCUAACGUAUUUUCCAGAUGUACUAGAAAAAAUGAAAAUAAGAUAUCUACAGUUGGUUGUGACUGGAAUAGAAAAAUUGCCUUGGUCGAUUUGCAACCUUACUCGGCUUAGAAGGUUAUUCAUUAAUCGACACCAAGGGGUGACUGAGCUACCAAUAAGUAUUUUUCUGUUGCCAGAACUAGAAGUGAUUGAUGCUAAAAGAUGUGGAAAGUGGCUAUCGUCGAAUCCAAAUGAAGCAAUAGAAGAAGAAAUCUGGCCCAUGUUAUGUCCAAACAUAUUCGCCAUUUAUCUCCAAGAAUGUAAUAUAUCAGAUGAGCUCCUUCGAACUUAUCUUACUCGUUUUAUCAAUGUGAAACAUUUGGACUUGACGGGUAAUAAUUUCACAAUUUUGCCCGCAUGGAUAAAAGAAUGCCAAUAUUUGCGGCACCUUAUACUAAAUGAUUGCAAGCAUCUUAGAGAAGUUGAAGGGAUUCCACCAAAGACGGAAUAUUUGGAGGCAAUAAAUUGCUUAUCAUUGAGUUCAGAAUCCAGAAGCUUGUUAUUGAGUGAGGAAUUACUUAGGGCUGCAGUGAUUAGACAAUCGGACAACAUAGUUUUCAAAACAUUCUUUUGUGUGCCGUUGACUUGCAUCCCAGACUGGUUUGAUCACAGAAGCAAAGGAGCAUCUAUUUCCUUCUGGUUUCGUAAUUGCUUCCCACCUCUCUGUCUUUGUCUUGUCUUUAAAUCAAUGGACGAUGUUUAUGAUAAUUGUCAUGUGACUACUUCGGUGUGCAUCAAUGAUAAAGAAGUAUAUUGGAAUGAGUUAUGGAAUAGGGAUGCACCAAAUGUUGAUCACAUACUUGUGUAUGAUCUGAAAGAAAAUCACAUAUCUUGGGAUAAAAUGGGACAAGCUUGCCGAAAAAGUAAGUGGAAUCACGUAAAAUGGGAUAAAAUGUUCGUCUCGGAAUGA